AGCCCUCCCCCGUGACCCCCGAAUCCCGCCAAUUCUCCUUCACGGGUUCCAAAUUCGUGGCUCCAAAUCAUCCCAGCCCUUCUCUAUAUAUGAUCACCAUGUGAUAUGAUGCCAGUGUGAGUCAGUGAACUGAUCGAUCACUGAGCAGCUUCUUGCAGAAAGCAUGGAGAUGGGAAGGAGGAUGGUGGUGAUCAUGGUGAUCGUUUUGAUGGUUGCUUUGUUUGGAGGGUCGUCGACGAGGGCUUUCACCUUGUGUAACAUGGACGACGAUGGCCUUUCAGCUUGCAAGCCGUCGGUUACUCAGCCGAAUCCGGCUGACCCAACGCCGGAGUGUUGCCGGGCUCUUUCUGGGGCUGAUCUGACAUGCCUGUGUUCGUAUAAGAACUCACUGGUGUUGCCUUCUCUUGGGAUUGAUCCUAAACUUGCCAUGGCACUGCCAGCCAAGUGCAACCUCACCCCUCCUGCCAAUUGCUAAGGUUUUUUAAGGUAUCUGCGCUGCAUUGAUGGGGUUGUCAUUAGUGACCAUUGUAAUUCGCCAAGUCUGUUUUUAUAUUUACUAGCUUGAUUGAAUGUACUUUGAAUAAGUAAUUUGGAUUAUGCCAUGUAAUCUUCAAAUUGCUUAAUUCGUAAAAUCUUGAAAUGUUUUAUGUAAUAUAUAAAAAAACGUCUUUGUUGUUGAAAAUAAAUAUGUUUAAUUGA